GCAUUCCCUCGCAUAAUGUGACAUAAAAAUUUUAUAACAGAUAAAUUAAUCCUUAUAAUAAACAACUUCUUUAUUCAAUGCAUUAUAAAGUUCGAUAUCUUGAAAGUUAAAGAAUUUUUGCACAUUGAAGAGAAUUGAGCUUUAAUGAAAAAUUUGUUUAAUACUGUGAUGAAAAUUCUAACGUAACGUAGAAUAUUUUUGAGAAUAAAAGAGAAAUUUAUCCCCUAUCGUUAAUAUAAUCAUCCUAAAUAUAUUUAGCAUAAAUAAUAUAAUAUAUGCAGAAAUAUGCGCGAAACGAUUAAUCAAAGUUCCAUUAGUAAUUAAUUAUAUGUUAAACGUGUCUCCUCGAUAAUUGCGAAAACAUAGGAUAUAUUUAUAUUUGCAGCCAACAAAGUGACCGAUCAGCGAGAUAGAUGUUAUAACUAUGAUAAUAUUAGAAUAGUAAACGUUUAUUUGCAGCUACUCUCUUUACAGCGGAUUGUCGUGUCUGUUAUAUAGCCACCACUAAACUUUAUUAUGUCGCACUGUCCCACAUUGACUGUGAUACCGUGCCGGAGGUACCGGCGAAUUGCUUAUCGAGGGUGUCGUUCACGCGUGUAGGGAACGUGUCGUAGAUUCUAAAGGGUGCGACUGUAGGACACGGGCACGGAUUCGGAAACGCAUGCGGACGAUCCCGUUGACGGCCACUUAAUAACGUAGUGCAAACGUACGUCGAUCCACAGUGAGGACACGCAUUCGCGGAAAGCCUGGGAGUUGGUAUGGCGGUGGCCGAUUGAAUCGUUAGUAAGAAAAUUCCGAUGCGCUUGUUUUCAAUUCAGAUCUCUUCUCCCAUCGCGCGACCGUCUCGCGUAGCAACAAAUGUCAUGCGUCCGUGCGUGUUAUAGGCAUUGUUUCUUGGUGAGAUUUCCGCGGCAUUAAUAUCGAGUUUGCAUAUCUAGGAGAAAGAAAUGAGACUUCAGCGUUCCGUUAAUUGAGAUAGAAAAUCGUACGUCUUCGUUGCGAGAGUCGCACAGUCGCAAUAGUUCGGCUGAAGCUCGAGAUUGAACGUAACAUGUCUAUGAUAUCCACGAGCGUGGCACAUUGACGCAGGACGCGUAUAAUCGUACACAACCCAUACAUCGCUCCUCCAUCUUCAGUGCCGCCGGUCGUUCAGGAGUUCGCGUUCACGAAGCUACCGAUGAACGCCGGGGAAUUUGCGAAUCUGCAGUGUAUCGUGUCGAGCGGCGACCUGCCAUUGAACAUACGUUGGAGCUAUCCCGGAGAAGAGAUGGGCGGUUCCUCCGGCGUACUCGCGAAGAAGGUCGCGGAUCGCGUUAGCAUGCUUAUGAUCUCGGUCAUCACCGCGAGACACGCGGGGGAGUACGUUUGUACCGCCGAAAACGCGGCUGGAACGGCGUCCCACUCGACCGUCCUCACCGUCAAUGGUUCGGGAUUAUCUGUUCCUAGAGAACACAGUCUUUUUCAUUCUUCAGUUGCGUUUUGUCACCUUUUAUCUCGUCCCCUGCACACAGACACCAUGCAAAUAGCACAAUAGUUGUUCCCCUUCCCCG